GAAAUUAGAAUAAACAUUUAGAUUUUUACGAUUACAAUAAUAUUUAUCUUUAGUAAAAUUAUUGUGUUAAUAUAAUAUAUUUGGACUAAAAGAAAAAUGUCUAAAGAGGAUCUGAGUAAAUCUAUGAAAGAAGAAGCAAGAGAUUGUUCAGACCCAGCAAUAUUUACAAGAUCCUCCAGUUUCGAGAUGUUGGAUCCUCAUGACCCGGUUAUCAGCCGCUUGGCGACACAACUUUUCAAAAAGACCAAUGAUUACUUGCAAGGGGAAAUGAGUUCAGGCCAGGAAAAUUAUAGACUUUUGGAAGAAAUUAACAGAAUGGCCAUUACCAAGUUUGGAGACAUGAGGCACCUUACUGUCAACCUGAGUAAAACUUUAACUGAAUGCAUAGACAUGUAUGAUGUCGCAAUAAAACCAAUGCUGCAGCAAAUAGAGGAAAUAGAUGCACAGAUAGAACAACUCGAGGCAAAUGUUUAUCGUCUGGAUGCCUACAGCAAGCAGCUAAAAACCAAAUUCAAAGAACUCAUUGAGCAAUAAACAACAUACUGUUGAAUUUAA